CUAAAAUGCCUAAAUAUAUGCACCUUCUUCCACCCUCCCUAUAUUAACACCACUAUCCUCUUACAACAUGUUUUUUUCUCUCUCUUGGAGAUUACUUGAUCAGCAUUACAGCAAAUUCCCAUUUGUAUCAAGAGAAACCUCUUCUUGCUACGUCAAUAUGGGUCGGGUGAAACUGGAGAUCAAAAGAAUUGAGAACACAACGAAUCGACAAGUAACCUUCUCAAAACGUAGAAAUGGUUUGAUUAAGAAAGCUUAUGAAUUGUCGAUUCUCUGCGACAUCGACAUUGCUCUUAUCAUGUUCUCUCCUUCCGAUCGUCUUAGCCUCUUUUCAGGCAAAACUAGGAUCGAAGAUGUUUUCACAAGGUUUAUAAAUCUCUCUAACCAAGAAAGAGAGAAUGCUCUAGUCUUUCCUGACCAGGAUAGACGCCCGGACAUCCAAAGCAAAGAGUAUCUAUUAAGGAUUUUGCAGCAGCUCAAGACUGAAAAUGACAUCGCUCUUCAACUCACCAACCCUGCAGCUAUCAAGUCCGAUGUCGAGGAACUUGAGCAAGAAGUGUGUAGAUUACAACAACAACUCCAAAUGGCAGAGGAAGAACUAAGGAGAUACGAACCGGAUCCAGUAAGAUUCACUAGCAUGGAGGAUUAUGAAGUUUGUGAGAAGCAACUUCUCGACACGUUAACACAUGUUGUCCAACGACGAGAGCAUCUCGUAAACAGCCAUUUAUCUUCAUACGAAGCAUCCACUAUGCAACAAGGCAUUGCAGGUCCUUUUGCAAACGGCGUCCUCGAAGGUUGGUUGCCUGAAAAUGGACACAAUCAAGUCAAUUUAUUUGAUGCAUCGGCUCAUUCUAACCAACUCAGAGAAUUGUCAUCGGCUAUGUACGAACCAUUGUUGCAAGGUAGUAGCUCAAGUUCGAACCAAAACAACAUGAGUGAAUGUCACGUAACGAAUCACAAUGGUGACAUGUUCUCUGAGUGGGCCCAGGCGUAUUCAUCAUCGGCCUUGUUCCCUUCUAUGAACCAGCAUGGAAGUGUAGGACCCAGUAUAGAGGAAAUGAUACCAGGUCAGCAAAGUGAAAUCCCGGCAGUGACCACUAUGGAGGCACCACAACAAGCUAAGCUUGAAAUGGUCGACGACUAUGAAACAAGAGUUCCACAGCUCAGUAGCCAAUAAUGUCAGAAACAUGAGUCCAUAUAUGUAUUAUAUUUAUACCCCAAAUACUUUUUCUUAUUUGAUUUGAGACGAUGGUAAAAAAAAAAAACAAAUCGUCGUAAUUGUAUACCAGUUUUUGACAAUAAAAAUACCAGAUUGUCCCCCUAAAUAUUUUAUAUUUUAAGAAGUAUCCUAAAAUUUCGACACAUUUUUGUUUUCGCUCAAAACAUAUUUUCCUAUGUUAAUUAUCCUAUCAUUUUAUCUUAUUUUUAAUCGAACGUUAAUCUAUACUAUAUUAAAAGGGAUAUAUGAGCUCCAUUGAGCCUAUCCACGUCAGCCAAUUAAAUCAACCAAUCAUAUCAUUUUAAUGAUCCACGUCAUCAUCCACACAACGCCAGCAAGUCAUCUUCUCCAUUUUUGUAUAUCGUGCACGACUUUUCCACUCCUAUUUACGACUUAUUUCCUCCCUCCUCCUUUAAUUAAUCAUCUGUCUCUGUGAUCACUCACGCUUCAGCUUCUCCUCUAUUCUAUAUACAAGCUGUAUUUUUUCUUUUUGGUUCUGCGGCACUGGUCCGUGGUCUCAACUUCACCCGCCUUCGUCCCCAUGGAUGGAUCGAAGGAAACAUCAACAAGCUCUGUGAUCAACUCAAGAAAUCUUCUCCGAUAAAAGUUGAAUCUGGAAAUUCCAACACGAAGAAGAGAAGAUCUGAUUACGAUUCCCCCAUGCGGCUCCUGUUGCCGUCAAAAGGUACACGAUCUGAACGAUGAUAUUGACGGAGGAAGACCUGAUCGGGGGUGUUCAGGUAUAAAGGAUCUAAAUUUCUGAUUGAAAAUGCUAUAAAAAGGCUAGCUUUUUUCCUUUGAACAUCAUCUUCUCAAACUGUGAAAACACCAAAGUUAAUUCAUUUUCUGUGAGAUGUCAAAAAAAAAAAAAUUUCAUUUUCUGUGAUUUGAAGGCUUGGUUAUAUAUGUCUGUAUCAAGACUCGGUUGAUAAAACCAGGACCUUUGGAGAAGCGAAUUCGAGGUUUAGAUUUAUGAGAGUGGCUUGGGAUGUGACCAAGCGUCAGUAACAGAUUCAGUUGCAUUCAGACUAACAAGAAAGUGAAAAGCUAAUGGCUUGGUCUCAACGAGUUUUCAGAUUUGAGCCACGAAGGAGAGGUUACGGAGUGUUCCGAUCAUCAUUAAGAAGAGAUUAUGGAGUUUGGGGCUCAAGACUGAUGUAGAAAGAGCAAGAGUUCGCUUAUAAGGACUUUGAUGUGAGGCUUUGCCUAAAUCUGUUGAGUGGAGAACGAAAGGAGCCGUGCACUAUGUCAAGAACCAAGGCUCUUGCGGAAGUUAUUGGGCGUUUUUGGACAGUUGCUGCAGUGGAAGGUGUAAACAAGAUUGUGACCGCAAACUUGACAGCAUUGUCUGAACCAUAACUCAUAGAUUGUAGUCUGUGACACAACUUACAACAAUGGCUGCAACAGUGGUUUCAUGGAUUAUGCUUUUGAGUACGUGGUGAAUAACGUAUUCGCAAGGAAGAGGAUUAUCCUUACUCUAUGGAAGAAGGAACUUUCUAAAUGCAAAAGAUGAAUCUGAAAUGGUAACUAUCAGCGGGCACCAAGAUGCACGUAGAAAUGAUGAGAAAAAUCUCUUGAAGGCAUUGGCUCAUCAAUCUCUCAGUGUCGCUAUUGAUGCUUCUGCUAGAGACUUCCAGCGGUUGUGGUCGAUUUGGACCAUGGUGUUACUGCAGUUGGGUAUGGAUCAAGCAAGGGUUCAGAUUAUAUCAUUGUGAAAAAUUCUUGGGGACCAACAUGGAGGGUGGGGAGAAAGGUUACAUCAGGAUGAACACUGGGAAACCAGGGGUGUCUGUGGAAUCAAUAAGAUGCUUCCUUCCCCACCAAACCGAAGUGGUGAUAUCAUUUUAUCCUAUAUGCAUUUGAUCAUUAUCUUAAUAUCUUCAUAACAACAUGAAUUUUGUCAUGAAAUUGUUAUGUUAAUGAAUAGAAAUGUUGUAAGUAUGAGCAAUAACAAAAAAAAAGAUGAUUGAAAAAACAGAGCAUUAUUAUACUGAAUAAAAACAGAGAACUAGAUUGAACA